AUGGCAUUUACGAAGUGUUACACCAUGUGUGGUAGGAAUCACUUUGGCGUCUGUCGCGAAGGCUCCACGGGUUGUUUCAAGUGUGGUCAAAUUGGGCAUUCCAUGAGAAUAUAUCCAAAUAUUAAGCAAAGCAGUGGGAAUGGGGGCAAUAGAUCUCAAUCUUUAUCAGCAGCUCCAACAGACAAGGUUGCACCUAGGGAGCUACUUCUUGUACUGGCCGAGAAACAAACAACUUUGUAUGCUCCUAAUAAUCGCCAAGAGCAAGAGAAUUCACCAGAUGGUGUCACUGGUAUGAUUCGAGUCUUUGACUUUACUGUUUAUGCAUUAUUAGACCCAGGGGCGAUUUUAUCUUUUAUAACUCCUUAUGUUGCAAUAAACUUUGAGAAUAUUUCCUGA